ACAUUGGCUAUGAGCUAAGCCUCCACCAUCUUACUCAAUCAUCCCAUCACAAAAUCACACACAACACACACAGAUGGGUUCUUCUCAUCUUCAUUCAUCUACUUUAAAGACAGCUCUGCUAUUUGGUUUUUGUGUUUUAUUGCAGUUGCCGGAGAUCGUGUUUGGCACAACAAGGCAUUACACGUUCAAUAUCAAGUCAAAAAACGUGACAAGAUUGUGCAACACAAAGAGUAUUCUAACCGUUAACGGACGUUACCCUGGUCCGCCGCUUGUAGCAAGGGAAGGUGAUCAAGUCCUUGUGAAGGUGGUUAACCAGGUCCCGAACAACGUAACCAUUCAUUGGCAUGGUAUUCAGCAGCUUAGAAGCGGAUGGGCGGAUGGACCGGCAUAUAUAACACAAUGUCCGAUACAAACCGGCCAGACUUACACGUACAACUUCACGAUCAUCGGUCAGAGAGGCACUCUGUUCUGGCAUGCUCACAUAUCCUGGCUGAGAUCAACCAUCCAUGGACCUAUCAUCAUCCUCCCCAAGAAGAAUGAAACUUACCCUUUUGAUAAACCCUACAAGGAGGUCCCCAUUAUCUUUGGAGAGUGGUGGAAUGUAGACCCUGAGGCUGUAAUUAGCCAGGCACUUCAAACAGGUGCUGGCCCAAACGUUUCAGAUGCCUACACCAUCAAUGGCCUUCCGGGGCCCUUGUACAACUGUUCCUCUAAAGAUACAUUCAAGUUGAAAGUGAAGCCAGGGAAGACAUACCUUCUCCGUCUGAUCAAUGCUGCUAUGAACGACGAGCUCUUCUUCAGCAUUGCCAACCACACAGUCACCGUCGUCGAAGCCGAUGCUGUUUAUACCAAACCUUUCCAAACUGACGUAAUUGUCAUCACCCCAGGCCAAACCACAAAUGUUCUUCUCAAAACCAAACCAUUCUCCCCCAACGCCACCUUCUUCAUGACUGCCGGACCUUACUUCACCGGCCUCGGCUCCUUUGACAAUUCCACCGUCGCCGGAAUCCUCAAAUACAAGAACCCAUCAAACCACAGUCCCAUCAACAAGCUUCCCCUCUUCAAACCAACCCUCCCACCACUCAACGCCACCACCUUUGUCGCUAAUUUCACCAAACAAUUUCGUAGCUUGGCCAGUGCUAAAUUCCCUGCCAACGUUCCACAAACAGUGGACAAGCGAUUCUUCUUCACCAUUGGCCUAGGCUCGAAUCCCUGCCCAAAAAACAUGACUUGCCAAGGACCCAAUGGCACGAAAUUUGCAGCUUCAGUUAAUAACAUCUCCUUUGCUCUUCCAUCAACAGCUCUUUUGCAGUCUUACUUUUUAAAACAGUCUUAUGGCGUUUACACCUCUGAUUUUCCAGCAAACCCGCUUGUUCCGUUCAACUACACUGGAAUGCCACCAAAUAACACCUUUGUCAGUAAUGGCACGCGCGCGGUUGUGCUGCCAUUCAAUACUAGUGUGGAACUGGUGAUGCAGGAUACGAGCAUUCUUGGGGCCGAAAGCCACCCUCUCCACCUCCAUGGCUUCAAUUUUUUUGUCAUCGGCGAAGGGUUUGGCAACUAUGAUCCGAAUACAGGCCCCGCCAGUUUCAAUUUGGUGGAUCCUGUCGAGAGGAAUACCGUCGGCGUCCCAUCCGGUGGUUGGGUUGCUGUGCGCUUCCUAGCUAACAAUCCAGGAGUAUGGUUUAUGCACUGCCACUUUGAUGUCCACACAAGCUGGGGUUUGAGGAUGGCCUGGAUUGUAUUGGAUGGACUGCUUCCAAAUCAAAAGUUACCACCACCACCGUCCGAUCUUCCAAAGUGUUGACUUUGACCACAAAGUCCGGAUUGGCAUUACAAUUUUUUGAUUUCUUUUGUAUGCAUCCCAUUAUUUUUCCCUUACAUAACUUAUAAUUACAAUGUUCAUUUGUUGUGAGCCUAUUUGAAAGAGCAAAGUCUAUCCAAUUGUUGUCACUUUGGUGGCUUGCUUGAGAGAAAGGAAAACAAUUCAACAAUAAACAUCCAAUGUGUUAACAUUAUGAAUGAACAUUUUUUGAUAUUGGCUUCA